AUGUCUCCACAAGACUCCCUCGGGAGAGGCAGAUUCCGUGCAGAGCCUGGAGGAGCUGUCGGGGUUCUUGGUUCAGCGACCGCCUCGGCUCCCAAAGCGCCCGUGCGCCGUCGCAUCCCGCGGGAGGAGCCGCCCGGCUCCGAUCCCGCUCAUCCCGUCCCAUUUGGUGCUUCCAAGCCUGGGGCUGGCGCACGAGUGUCCCCGAGGUGGGAGCUGGGGACGCUCCUGCGGGGACGGCAGCGUCACCCCGGCUCCGCGGUGGCCCCGCUCCGCGUGCGGGAGCCAAGGCCAUUCCCAGGGGAAGCCGGCGCCGCAGGGCCCGGCUCCCCCCAGCUGCCUCUCGCCUGGGACGCACCCGGAUCCCGAUUCUUUUUCACCUGCCCAAACCCGAAUCGGAGCGGCCCAGGGUGCCCCAACGCCAGGUGCCAGGGUCCCUGCUUCCAGGGAGCUCCGGAGCUCAUCCGAGACUUCCUGGGCUUUGGAAUUCCUCAGGGUUAG